AUGCCCGAAUAUUUGGAUGAUGCGGGGAUCAUCUUCUACAGCAUCCACGAACUAGAUAAGAGACAUCCUGGGUGGUCUGAGGAGAUCCGGAGCGGCGAGACGGCUGUAGGGGGUGAGACCUUGGGCUUAAAAGUUCGGUCUUCCAACCGUCACGCAGAUUCUCUCAAAUCGGUACGCGCCUGGCAUGGGAUAUCGAAGGCCAAGUUUUUCAUCAGCAUGAUGUGCCAAUCAGAAUGGGCGGACCGAAAGCGAAUGUUACUUCUCCUACCGUUACUCUUCAUCUUUCAUGGAUGUUUUCUCGGCGCCAUUCUACGCAGAGACUACGAACGCAAUGUGUCUUACGAACACUCACCCAAUCUCCAAAGCAAAGAUGUUGUCCCAAUCACUCUCUUCGACUCUGUCGACUUCAAAACUUUGGAGAACAUUUGGCUCUUGGUCCCGCCGGACACGAACGUCAGUAAAGAAAACCGAGCAAAUAUUAACAAUGAACAAGUCGACGACCUUGGUAAUCUACCAAGCCAACUGCCGUCAAAUCAACUGUGGUUAAAUCAACUGCGGUCGAGCGACGUAAGGAACCGGAGUCCACGCGCUGGCCAGAGCACGUACGCCAACAACCGCGUGCAUGCUGAUAGUGACUCAGAGCGUCUGUUCGGCGACAAUUUUGGUGCGGACAAUUUUGGUGCCGAAGGUCUCUUGUGGGUGCCCACCGCGUCAGACGGAGACACCAACGUCUUUGUGGAGGCGACUGGGGCUGACGGCACGAGGGUUGGACCUAGACUCAAUGAUGACUUGGGCAGCGCAGCGGAGGUGUUCGAACGACAAGCGGAAGUGGAAGUGUUCGAACGCCAAGAGGAAGUGUUCGAACGACAAGCGGAAGUGGUGAUGGAUGUCGAGAUGGGGGAGGCAAAGGGGUGUCCUUUGAACCCCAUUGACAAGUAUUUGAAGUAUGGACCUUCGUACAAUGGUACCAUUGACAUAAUCGAAGCGUUGGUUUUUUACAAGCCGACGUAUAAAGUAAUGCACCGUUUAAUCCAGUGUGUGCGAGACAAUCUGGAUACGUUCGCAACAGAGUUUGAGGUACCACCAUACGAGCCCAACAUUCAUGAAUGGUGGGUACCUGUACGACAUGUAACAUCUUGGAUGAACAAUGUUUACGAAAGUCCCAUAAUCCAACAGCCACCAAAUAUGUUUGACUUCGAAUCUGCCGGGGCACAGACAGGUGUCCAGGCCGCCGGGGUCCCAACGGACAUGUCUUCAGCCACGGGACAAACGACGACCACCAUUGGGGGACGAAAAUCAGCUGUUGACGAAAAGACGCCGCUGCGACGGAAGACUGUGCGACGGAAGACUCUGCGAUCAAGUGCUGCCUCGAAGAACGAUCUGUUACAAGAUGAUCUCGACUCAUCAGUACUUUCGGAAUCGAUCAUGUCAGACUUGGUGGUGUCAGAUGAUGACGUCGAUUGGGAUGCAUCAAAUUUUCGUCUAUUCACGGUUCCCUGGAUCACGACGGAGGUGAUAACGCUCUUUGAAAUGUUGGAUAGUGGUCUAAACGAUUGGUCAUGGGAUAAGGCGUGGUUCUGUCAAACGAAGAUGAACAGCGCCCUAAUGUUUUAUCUUUGCUUAGCCAACUCGUACCCCUACCGCAUUCAGUCGGUUCUCCGAUGUGCCGGCCUGCCACAGUUCCCGCUGUUGAUACCGAAGCUGCCUGUCGACGAUCCGCAUAAACCAUCAGUCGUCCAGUAUACUAUCCCGCAGAUAGAAAUUCCGACAACUGAGGCGACUCUGUCCCAGACGUGGGUGCCACCCGUGCCCGAGCUUGGGAACAAACACAGGUCCAAGCUUGCGUCGGAAGGCAUGUCCAAGCUUGCCUCAGAGCCGAUGGCUGGCUCAGAGCUGGAGAAGUACCUGAAGAUCAAAAGGACAAUGAACCGGCAGCGUCGUCGUGAGUACAUUACUAGCCUCAAAUCUAAGUCAAAGAUCGAAACAGCCCGAGCGGAUGAAACGGCAGCUGUUCGCCGUCUGUUUUUAGAGUAUGACGAGGACUGGCCGUUUUUUCGUGGACUGCGGAAUGUGACAGCAUUGUUCCAUCUGGAGUGGUUAUAUGAGGAAGUGAUGCGUGUGAUUGAUGGAGCUGUACGUGGUAUGUUCCACGGUGUAAGUUUGUUCUUCUUAAUAAUCAGUUGCGGUUUCCUUGGUAUGAUAAAUAUGAAUAAGUGGUAUAGCUUGGAACCAUUUGCCUACCAAUGUAUCAGGAACAACGUGUUAGGACCAAUGGUAUACUUUGUUUCAUUCUGUUGUCAAUCGUGGAUACUAGUGUUCUAUGCUGCCAUCUUUAUUACGGUUCCAUUUGUGUUGAUUGCAUCAAUACCGUUGGAAACGUAUUUUUGCGUUUUCGUUACAUCUAUCCUGUUCAUACAGGCAACAUCCGGAUAUCUGCUUAUCCUAGGACAGAUAUUACCUGCGCAAGGUGGCAUCAGAUUCGCAACAAUCUUUAUGGUUUGUUUUGUUGAACUAUCUGGCUUCUUCAUUCGAGAACGCAAUUACCCCCAUGGGUCCGCCUGGCUGACUAUCCUAUCCCCUUAUCGUUGGGGGUCUGAAGCUAUCUUCGCAUAUGCCUUUAAAGAAAAUGAUUACAGUAGUAUCACAGAAAUACCACAAACUAUCACUCUUGCUCUUGUCAAUAGCAAAGUACGCAACUUUUGGGUCUGCUGGAUCUACCUCAUUGUCACCUACUUCACUACUUUACUAAUAACCGCUUUCUGCUACAUAAUCAAACUAAGACAUAGGUCAACCAAAGAACUCAGACACAUCUUCAAAAAGAAUAAAAUCAAGAUCUAA